AUGACCUCGACUUUGGAUUUUCUCUUCCCUACCCCUUCCGCUCCCCCUUCCCCCCUCAGUCCGUCUCACGGAUCUGGAAUUUCACCACAAUCUACAGGAGCUCUUCAGAAAGUACUCAAAGACAAUCAUGAAAGGUGGCACAUAUUCUUCAACGACAAACGUUUCCACAACCACAUCACCCACCGAGCACUAGCCAUGUGGAGCCUUGGAGCCGAUGGUGCCAUUAUCGAAGCAGCUUACAAACUUGACAGCAGCUACCAACGCCCCGCAUUCAAGUCUCCCAAUGUUAUCAACGAGCAUAAUUUCAAUGAGCACCUCGGUGACGAGAGGUACUAUCAGGCGUAUAGGGCCUUCUUCACACGAUUCAUACAAGACAAAGGCAUUCCAGCUGCCGUUGAAGAGUUUAUCUUCUCUCAUAAAGCCAACCUUGGUCCUGAUCCAAACCUUUCCAUCGACAAGCGGCCUCAGAUGCUGGAUCGCUUCCUGUCUGGUCUUCUUCACCCAAUAAUACACACGGGCUAUGGCGCCGAAUUCCGGCUACCUGGAAUGGUUGUCGAAGGUCUCGCAGAGACGGCUGUUCAUGUACCAACGUCCACAGACUUGAUUCCCGCCUCCUUGUUUGAGGAUGCCGGCUCACUUGGUAACGUGGCUGCAAGUGCGGGAGAGGCCAUUGGAAGCGCAUUUUCUUCUACAGUGCACGCCUUUGAUCAUGCACUUGACACCGUCCUACCUAGAUCUCUCCAUCUCAACACGGAUAGAACUGGUUCCACCAAUUAUCCUCCUGCGUCUGCACCCCCUCGCAACAUCCGUCUCCGAAACAACGAGGGUCCACCUAACACACACGCUUUGACCAUCCUCGCCCGGGUCUUACGAGAUCCUCGCUUUGCCCCAUCUGCAACUACUGAGAGGGACGACGCAAAGAUUUACGCCGCGACAAUCAAGUUACAUGCACCAGCUAUCGUAGAGUAUGCUGCACAGUGGACUAUCAAUCUUGAGGCUCUUAAAAAUGGGAAGGGUGAGGUCGAACGGAAGGUUGAGGAAUUGGCGUGGACUGUCUGCCUGCUAUACGGAGUCGCAGGUUGGACGGGGCGUGCAAAGGAGCGUUUCAAUGCGGACUUCUUUUUUUUGCAUCUGGUCACAUCUUCUACCUUCUUGCCGUCUAUUCUUGCAAUAGUGUCUCCACACUCUCAAGCCCGCUUUCUUCGCGCAUAUCUAACUGUUGUUCUGACCAUUUACGUUGCCCGCGGACGCCCGAGUCUUGAUCUCCCCGGAUUCUUUUCCGAACCACUCGGGUUUACACCGCCUGGAGCUCAGCCAAGCCCACACGAGGGCGUCCUUCCCUCUGUCAAUGCCAAAGAAGCAGUCACCCCAAACCCGUUCCUUUCCAUUAUUCAAACCAGUGUCGUUCAUCCAGACGAGCACCUGCCCAAGGUUCAGCGGUCGCUAGCGACGUGGGCGCAGAUGUUUGGCACCCGCGUAUCUGAAGUCACGAAGCAGGGAAGACUCUACGUCAAAUCUGAUACACCCGGUCUCGCAGGGAUGCAAAAGAAGAGCGACGCAGCGGCAGGAGGAGAAGCUGCAGGCCUGGGGAUGGGCUGGGGGAUGGAUGCAUUCACGGACGAUGCUGAAGAGUUGGGUGAAUAUCAUGCUUCUCAUCUUGACGCGGAGGGCAGAGCUGAUCAUGAACUUGUGGCUACGGAACUUCCGGGAGCGGAGUACAUUGAUGGAACCCUUUUCGUUCGCACGGCUGAGUUGACUGCGAAUCGGAUGGGGUGGGUGAGGGAAGGACAGAAGCCGGGUGAAUUUUGGGAUUUCAGAGGAUUUUAUGGUGAUGAUGAUAAGAAGGCGGUAAGAAGGGCUAAAUUCUGA